AUGCCCCGCGGCUGGGGCGGCCCCGGGCGCCCUGGAGGAGAGGAGCGGACCCGGCCCUCAGUUGGAAUCUGGGCUCCUCCAACGGCAUACCAUGGAUGCAAGUGGAGGAAGGGAAAGAAUAAAAUGGACAACCACCAUUAUUAUCAGCUCAUCUCUUAAGACUUGCGAAAUUGCAACUGCUCUAGAGAAUGGAAGCCACAAGGUUCGGUAUUCGGAUACAUUGGAAAGAGGAUCGAUUGUGUUCUCUCUCUCUGGAGCUGCAUUUUUAUUGAUGGAUGCUAAAGAAUGUCUGAUGUCAGCUGAGGAAAUAUUUCUAACCAAAAUUGACAAGUUCAUUAGCAUUCACCAGAAUAGUUUUUUGGUUCUGUUUGCCCCACUCCAUGGGCCUGAAGAAUGGAAUCUCAUGUUCAGGAUUCAGCAGAGAUUCUUGGGCAGUAACUUACGAAUACUUCCUGCACACAACACAGUAAAUGCUGUUGACCUUAUGUGCACUAUUGCUAAGACUACCUCCAAACCAACCAUAGACAGCAUCUGCUAUAGAAUGAUAACCACCAAAGCUUACAUCAUAGAGCAGAGCCCUGUUUGGAGGACUCUCCAAAAGAUAAAACUCAGUACUGAUUCAGUUAGUCCAGAUUCAGAGUGUUGAUCAUAAGUGUUCUUUUAGAAAACUAUCAAAAUAAUUAAACUUAUUAAAUUAUAAUGUCCAAAUGUCUAUUUAAGGGCAUUUAUAUUUAAAAUAAAAUGUAUACAAUUAAACAUGA